AAUCCCAUCCACAAUGGCCCCCAAGACUGCCCCCAAGGCUAAGGAGAACGUCUCCCUCGGCCCCCUUGCCGGUGACGGCAAACUCGUUUUCGGUGUUGCCCGCAUCUUCGCCAGCUUCAACGACACCUUCGUUCACGUCACCGAUCUUUCGUCAAGGCUGACCGUGACGAGUCCUCCCCCCUACGCUGCCAUGCUUGCUGCCCAGGACGUCGCCGCCCGCUGCAAGGAGCUCGGCAUCAACGCUCUGCACAUCAAGAUCCGUGCCACUGGUGGUAACGGCACCAAGACCCCCGGUCCUGGUGCUCAGUCUGCCCUCCGUGCUCUUGCCCGUGCUGGUAUGCGCAUUGGCCGUAUCGAGGAUGUCACCCCCACCCCCUCCGACAGCACUCGUCGCAAGGGUGGUCGCCGUGGUCGCCGUCUUUAG